GACCUGAGUUAGAGAGAGAGAGAAAGAGGAUGGGAGGAGAGGUGGCGCUGGCUCCAGGAUUGUCAAGGAAGCUGAAGAAGGUGUUGGAGUCGAGGACGGACUCGCCCGAUCUAUUGGCAUCACUUAAUACACUCUCCACCUUCUACAUUGACAACACUCCUCAGGCUCGCAGGAACCUUAGAUCCACCAUCGAGAAGCGAUCCCUCACCAUCAACCAUGAAUUCCUCCUCGCCUCCAAAGCUGCCCAACAGGCCUUGGAUCGAGUGGAGGAGGAAGUUAACGCAUUGGCCGAUUGCUGCGACAAGAUUGCCAAGGCAUUGAGCGGUUGUAAUGCAAGCACGGGAGAUAUCAUUAGUACUACAGAAAGGCUCAAACAGGAACUUGAAAUCACCACUCAACGGCAAGAGAUUGUGUCUUGCUUUCUUCGGGAUUAUCAACUUUCUAAUGACGAGAUUAAUGCUUUGAGGGAAGAAGAUCUGGAUGAAAAAUUCUUUAAGGCACUUUCUCAUGUUAAAGAAAUCCAUGCCAACUGCAAAAUACUGCUCAGGACACAUCACCAGCGUGCAGGUUUGGAACUGAUGGAUAUGAUGGCUGUAUACCAAGAAGGAGCCUAUGAGCGUCUUUGCAGAUGGGUUCAGGCAGAGUGUAGGAGAUUGGGUGACAGUGAUAAUCCUGAAGUUAGUGAGCUUCUGAAGACAGCUGUCCGUUGCCUCAAAGAGAGGCCUGUUCUUUUCAAGUAUUCUGCAGAGGAGGUGGCAAAUAUGAGGCAUAAUGCAUUAUUUAGAAGGUUCAUAAGUGCCCUUACACGUGGAGGGCCUGGAGGGUUGCCUCGACCAAUUGAGGUGCAUGCUCACGACCCCUUGCGAUAUGUAGGUGAUAUGUUGGGGUGGCUGCAUCAGGCCUUGGCAUCUGAAAGGGAACUUGUCCUUGUAUUACUUGAUCCAGAUGCAGUGAUUAAUACUGGUCCAACUGCACGACGAUUCUCCAAGAACACAGACAGUGAUGGUGCAACAACAGAAUCUGACAUGACAUUUGUUCUGGAUAGAAUAUUUGAAGGUGUUUGCCGGCCUUUUAAAGUGAGAGUUGAACAAGUUUUGCAGUCUCAACCUAGCCUUAUUGUUUCAUACAAACUAAUUAACACACUGGAGUUCUACAGCCACACUAUUUCAGAUUUGCUGGGAAGAGAAACAGCUCUAUAUAAUACCCUUUGGUUACUCAAAGAUGCUGCUCAGAAAACUUUCUUUGACAUCCUGAAGACUCGAGGAGACAAGCUUUUACGGUACCCGCCCCUUGUUGCUGUUGAUCUUUCACCUCCAACAGCUGUUAGGGAAGGAGUCUCUGUGUUGCUUGAAAUUAUUGAGACCUACGACAGCAGGAUGGUUCCUGCUUCAGGAAAGAAGCCUGAUUUUGAGCCGGUGCUCUCUGCUUUACUAGAUCCUAUUGUACAGAUGUGUGAACAAGCGGCUGAGACACACAAGUCCAAAGGAGUAACCCAUUCGUCAAAGAGAAGUAGAAGUUCUGAUUCAGGCCAUAUCAGCAAAGAUUCUGCUUCACCAGUUGAUGCAUUUUUGACUGACAGCACAUCUAUCUCUUCUCAGAAUCGAGAAACACUCUCCAAAAUCUUCCUGAUCAACUGCUUAUCUGCCAUUCAGCAACCAUUGCUUGGACAUGAUGUUGCCGCAGAGUAUGUCAGGAAUCUUCAAGCAAUGAUUGAUAACCAUGUCAAUGUUCUUGUGGAAAAAGAAGUUGAUGCUAUUUUAAGAAGAUGUGGGUUGUUGAACAAGAUAUCUCACUUCCAGAAUCAGUUCAAUGAGGACACUGAUGGUCCACCACUAGCAGAAGUGGAAGAUAUAUCACCAGCUUCACUUUCAGAGUCGCUGAAAGCUUUCUUUGGACUUGUGUUAGGAAGUGAAGGUUCUCUUCCAGAAUUUGAGCAGAUGCAGGUUCCUCGGCUGCGUUCAGAGGCUUGCAUUCGGGUUGCUAGGUCAUUAGCUGAUCUUUACGAACUCAUUUAUAAGGUGAUCAUGGAUCCCAAGAACCAUUACCCAGAUCCCAAAUCCUUGGCAAGGCAUCCGCCGGAUCAGAUAAGAACCAUCUUAGGGAUUUGACACUGCUAAAAUACUCAUAAGGAAGAAUGCUUGUAGGAAGAGUGUUUGUUUGGCUUCAAGAAACUGAGUUAUUUUUCAUUCAUUCAUAAAUUGGAAGGGUUUCACGUGUUCUUUAGAUUAAUGAUGUCAUAAUUUCCUUGCCCCGGUUCACAGCAUUAUUCUCAUUCGCCUACUAGUAUCUUCUCAACUCACUGUUCUGUGAUUUUCCAUAUGUUUCAUGAACAGCACUGGAACCUUUAUAUAAUGGUUGGUGCUGUUGUUGUAAUUCCUUCAAUUCAUAUAUUAGAGAA